UCUGUACACAUUAAUAAUUCUUGAAAUUUUAAAAUUCUUACUAAUUUCUAGAUUUUUUAUUUUUUACGUAUACUUAAAUGAAAUAAAAGUGAAAUUAUGAAAGAAUCGAAUAAGGAAUGGUAUAUUAAUGCACCGUGGGGAAAAAUAGCCAUGAUAUCCUGGGGCAACCCCAAUGGUGAUCCAGUGUUGCUAGUACAUGGACGUUCAGACAGUGUUGCCACAUUCCUCCCGCUCCUGGAACUACUACCGGACCACUAUUACUAUGUGGGUGUUGACCUACCAGGAAAUGGCAAAUCAGACCCAUUUCCUGUUGGUGUGACAUUGUGCCGUAUACAUUUCUUGGGUGCCUUGGAAAUAGUGGUGAACCACCUCGGCUGGGAGCAGUUUACGUAUAUUGGACACUCCAAUGGCUGUGAUCAGGGUUUAUUCUACAACGUCAUCUACCCUGGCCGAAUAAAGAAAUUCAUUCUCCUAGACGGAUCUCUGGCAUUCCAGCGACUGCAAGUACACAACAUGCAGGAGUACUUCGACGCAUUUUAUGCGGAAUAUUACGAUAAUUAUAAGAAAUACAACGUGGACGAUCGAGUGUACACGAAGCAGAGAGCGCUGGACGCUGUCAUCAGGGCCAGGGGACUGAGUGUAGAGCAAGCGGACAUAGCGCUGUCCAGGAGUUUGAAAUGUAUAGGCGAGGAUAAAUACAAACUGUCCUGGGAUCGUCGACUCCGGUUUCCCGCACCACAAAACUACCCCCCUAAUUAUUAUUACCAGUUAUUCUCCAGAAAUUCUCCACCAACUUUGCAUAUAGAGUGCACAUUAAGUAAGGGCUACCCGCCGGGGAAGAAGUUUGUGCAACAAUUGCUGUCAGAUUUGGAGAAGAAUACAGAGAAUUUUUUUUUGGUCGCCGUGGAAGGUGGUCAUGAUAUCCAUCUGACAAAUCCGGAUAAAAUAUCUAAAUUUAUUAAUGAAUUUUUAAGUAGGGAUUUUAAAAGAGAAAAAUGUAAAUUAUAGUUAUUUAUAUGUAUAAAUAAAUAGGUUAUUAGUGAUAUAUCCCGGUGCUGUUUGUUUGUAGUUUAAUUGUAUAUGUAUAUAGCUAAAAAGAAAAUAAAGAAAACACUUGUAAUACGGAGGUAUAUAUUAGAAAUGAUUGUCAGUACAUUGAAGUAUAAACAAGAAUGUACAAUAAAAUAUUUAUUUUGAACAUUUAAAAUACCAAAAAUAUUUUUUCCAAUGCAAUUUAUAGACGUGUGAUAUUUAUUAAUCUAAUAAUCGGAAUAUAUUUUAUAUUAAGACUAUCUGACCUGACAAACGUUUUGUCAUAAAAAUUAAUAUUAAAAAGAAAAAGGGUUGGUGGCAGAGAAGUGAGAAUUUCGGAUUGUAUCUACUUUAAUGCUACAUCAUAAUUUAUUAGGGGUGGGUCACCCUUAUCGCUUAGGGGUAUAAAAUAUAGAUAACACCGUAUA